AUGGAGUAUCACAGGUCAGGGCGCAAAGAGUUUGCAGACACAGGAGGUUUUCCGGAAGGUGGUAAGACGAUGUGACAGUUAUCAUUUCCGACAUGAGGACGGCUAUUGCCAAUACACACGUCGUCCUAAAUUUUGCAGUUAUGCCGGGUUUAAUCCUAAUCCCCUCUGACCUAAGAAUUUUAGCAAAACCUAUCCCAGGGUUCAGCAAUGUCCUAACGAUAGCUAAAAACGGGAUGACGUUCGGAAAGAAUGAGAAGGUGAAUUAUACAAGUAAUCCCAUUCCUACUCCCACGAACGAUGUAGACGAAAGCCAUGACAUUACACCGGUUCCUGUUGUGCAGGACUUCAAACCUCCAGAAUUAAGGAAGAAGUCUGAUGCUCAGAAUAUUGCUCUUGGGACAGCGGCAGCGGCGUUCUUUGGACUUGCAUACCUAGUAUUUCGACGUUAA